AUGAUCCGGGCGCAACGGCUGGCGAGGGCGGCGAUCACGGGUUUCUCCUGCGCGCACCUCCGCCUUCUUCCGCGGCGGCGGCCCGCCUUCGUUCCCGCCGUCGUGGACGUUUCAACCCUCCUUUCCCGCGCCUCCCCGCCUCCCGGGGGGCGGGGCUACACCACAGACGACGGCCGCGAGGGACUCCUCCCCCACGCGGCCGCUUCCGCAGCGGAGAGCCCCGCAUCCGACCCCCCUUUGGACGCCCCCGAGGAGGAUUUGACGCUCCAGGUCUUCCGCGAACUCGACGGGGUCUCCACGGAGGAGCGGCACCGGCGGGCAUGCACGGCGGACUUCCUCCGCGCCGUCCUCACGACGCCGCGGGAGCAGGAGUGGCGGGAUAUGAUCGCCGCCGCCCUCCGCGAGGGGACGUGGCGGGAGCACCACUUCGAGGCCCUCCUCCGCGGCGUCCGGCUGCUCCGAUACGAUGAGGCGGGAAGCACCCCGACCCGACGGCUUCGCCGCACCCACGGGGUUUUGAUUUUCUGGCGCGAGGAGGCCGCGGCCGAGGCGGAGAGGCCUUCGAAUCGCGUCGUGGGCGCGCUCCUCACGCAGCUCCUCCGCGCCGCGAAGCAGCAUCGAGCGCCCCUGCCCUUUUCCUCCGCCUCCCCUUCUCAGCCGCCGCGGCAGCGGCAGGGGGCGGCGGCGGCCUCAAAUUCACCCGAGGAGCUGCCAUCAAGCGAGGCGGAGGCGUCGGGGAUCACGUUUCGGGAGGUGUGGCGGUUUCUCGCGUGGAUGGAACUCCACGGCUACCACGUGCACUCCUUCGAGCUCCUUGACGAGCUUGAGCGCUACGUCGAUGACGACGACGACCACCAUGUCAGGGGGGAUCGCGGUGGCGCCGCGCGAUACGCUCCAGAGCCUCGCAGCCGGAAUCGUAUGGAGUACCUCCGCGGUGAAAGAGCACGGCUGCGAGAGAUCGAAGCGGGGGUCGACCCUCGGGAAUACCGACAUCCACCUAGACGUGUCGACAUCCCGCGAACGGAGACAGAAUAG